AUGGAAGAGCUUGCAGGUAAUCGUAGUGCCUCAAAAUGUGUUACAAACUGCCAAAAAAGUGCCAUACUCCAGAGAAUGCAAGAUGGUGAGACUGUGCCUAAAUUAUCUCAAGAAUUCGAGAUUUCUAGAACAACCAUUCGUCGCUUCAAAAUUUCAAGUCAAAUUAGUACUCCUGCGAUGGGUGGAAACACUUUAAUAAGAAAAAAACAAGUCAACCUAACACUAUCUUCUCGGCAAUCUUUAGUUAAAGAUUUUGAAACUGGCUUAAAAAUAGAUGAUUUAUGUGUGAAAUACAAAGUUUGUGAAAAUACGGUUCGUAGAAUAAUAAAGAAAAAAACAAAUUUGCUUGAACGAAUUGAUGUUAUACAAAAAAAUUGUGGAUCUCUUGAUAAGAAAACUUUGAAGGGUGUUGAAGACAGUGACAUGGAAAAAUCAUUAUACAAGUGGUUCACACAGCAAAGAAGCAUUCCUGAAUUAGUCUCUGGAGAUGCAUUAAAAAGUAUGGCUUUAAUUUUUAAUGAAAAUUUUAGUGGGCCUAAAGGUUUUAAAGCAACUAAUGGCUGGCUUCACGGAUUCAAAAAGAGGCAUGGAAUUCAUGAAGUGGGUGUGCAGGGUGAAAAACAAUCAGCGGAUACUGAUCGCGCACAAACAAUUUCGGAAUCUUUCAAUCAAUAUUUACAAGAAAGUGACUUCGACCUUGACCAAAUUUACAGCGGUGAUGAAUCAGGAUUAUAUUAUAAAGCACUACCAAGACGGACACUAAUUGGAGGCAAUGAAAGAGGUGCAUCUGGUCACAAAGAAGUGAAGGAUCGAGUUACAUUGAUGUUUGCUGCAAAUGCCACUGGAAGCCAUAAAAUACCCUUGCUCAUUAUUGGUAAGUACGCUAAACCAAGAUGCUUCACAAAUGUAAAUAUGGAAAGUUUACCUGCAACGUACGCAGCCCAAAUAAGUGCUUGGAUGGAUCGAGUACUUUUUCUAAAAUGGUUCACUGAAGUUUUUUUACCAGAAGUGAGAAAAAAGCACCCUGACAGUAGUAGACGAGUGUUGCUUUUACUGGAUAAUGCACCUGCACACCCCAGCGCAGAGGAAUUAAAUGCGAUUGAUGAAACUGUCCAGGUAAAGUACUUACCACCCAAUGUUACUGCACUUAUGCAGCCAAUGGAUCAAGGGCCGGGCAAAAAAAUUACAGUAAAAGAUUGUCUCUACAACAUUGCAAAUGCGUGGAAUGAAGUUUCUCAACAAAGUUUAGCCAACGCAUGGAACAAGAUUCUUAAGAACAAUGAUUGGCACCUAAACCCAACUGCAUACCAUCGAGAAAUCUUAGAACUUUUGGAAACCUUAAAAAAACUUCAUGGUUUCGAAAAUGUCACAUAUGAACAAACUCCCAACGACAGAGACUUGAUGUUCUUACUGCCAGGCUGCGUCAGAACAAGAAAAAUAUUGCACGAAGGAAACAAAAUAGAAACUUUCAGACAGAUGAAAGAAGGUUCUAUCGUGAACUGA